AUGAAGCUAUCCAGCUUUCUUCUGGCCGGCAUCGGCCUCGCCUCAUGGGCCGAAGCGGCACCGACAAUCCUCAGCCGCGAAACAACGCCCAGCCUCUUCGCACGUGCACGUGACGAGGCCAUCUACAAAUUCAUCAGGGACUGGACAGGCUACAGCAACGUUCAAGCUGACCAAAAAAUCGUAGAAGCCUACGACAAGGCAGUGAAGAUCGAACCGGAGAAUUUUGCCCAGAAGGAGCAAGUCAUGUGGCCGCCUCUUGCGGUCGGAGGUAGCUUCGGGCUAGAGGUCCUGUCGUGGCUGAAGAGAACCGGCGAUAGAGCCUCAGUCAUCGAGGUGGGCGCCUUCUUUGCGCCGGACACCCGCUGGCUGGCAUACAAAGGCAUCGAUCCGAAGCGCCUUGUAGCCACGAACCUCAAGGAUGGCGUUUUUGACAUCGCCUUCAACUUCUGGAAGGACGAGAAAAAGCUCGAGAAGGGCAAUUUCCACGCCCCGUUCGACCUUACCGACGGCUCCAAUGUGAAGAAAUUGGAGGAAUCCGCAAAUACCCUACUUGCGACAAACGUGCUGCACCUCUUUAACCUAGACAAGCAGAAGGAGAUGGCAUCAAAUAUGCUACGACUGAUGAAACGGGGUGGGCCUGCGAGGAUGUACAUACAGGGUAUGGGGUUGCACGACGGCCGCGAUGUUGGCAGCCGGUACGUGCAUUCUGAUAAAACUACAGACGCCAUGUGGAACGAGAUCCUGAAGUCAGAUCACUGGAACGACAAAGUCAAGUCAUCCGUUGUGAAGACAACGUUCAACAACCAACCUACACCUGAUCGGAAUAUACCUGGCGGGAUGAGGCCGGGCUACCUGACAACAAGGGUUUUCGUCGAUUUCAAAUAA